UACUGUGAAACAAUUUUUCCUACGCUACAAUAGGAUCCAAUUAAUAUCCAUACAACUAAAAUUAAAAAAAAAAUUGAUCAUUAUUUGAUGUGUUAUAUGGAUAAUUCAAUUAAAUCAUCUACAAUAUCACGCAAGGAUUUUCGCAAAUCAUUAAAGAAAAUGCAAAGAAAAAAACGGCGGCAAAAAGCCGCAAAGGAAUUGACUAAUAAAGUUGAAAUUGAAAAGAAGAAACGUUUAGAAGAUCCACAACACCAGCAAUGGUUGAAGGAACAAAACGAUUUAGAACAAAAAGAAAAACUUCAGCAAGAGGCUGAUGAACAAGCUUGGUUGCAACGAGAAAAACGUGCACAACAACAAUUUCAACGUGAUCAAGAGCGUUUAAAAGAGGUAGAAGCUGCACAAGAAAAACUCAAGUUAAAACAACAAGAAUAUAUGGAGAAACUAAAACAGAAGCAAGAUGAAGAAAAACGAGUGGAAACUAAAACAGCAAAUGAAUUUGAACAUAUUAUGCAGCGCUUGGAAGAAUAUCUUUCAAAUACAGCUGCACAAGCUCCAUCCGUACUACGCACAUUUGUAGAAACUAGACCAUAUCAACAAUUAUGUGCCUUUUAUGAACGUACGAAUUGUUGUCGGUAUGGACUAUCAUGCCAAUUUAAUCACCGGCGUCCCAUGCUCUCAACUAUUCUAUUGAUACGCAAUUUCUAUACACAUCCACUUCUUAAACAAAGCCAUCAUGCUGAAUAUGAAUGUGGGGAUCCAGCUUUAGAGUUGAAUGAACGCGACUUGCGAGAGGAUUAUGACGCUUUCUUUGAAGAUGUAACUACUGAAAUGCUACAUUUUGGCAAAAUUGUGAAUUUUCGGACAGUACGCAAUUUGCAGACGCAUUUAUGUGGCAAUGUUUAUAUUGAGUAUAUGCAAGAAAGAUCUGCAUUAAAUGCAUUUAUAAGCUUACAGGGAAGGUGGUAUGCUGGGAAAAAAAUCAGUGUAGAGUUUUCAAAUUUAAAUACUUGGCGAGGUGCAGUUUGUGGUUUGUCAGUCAGACGUAAAUGUCCAAAAGGUAAUACUUGCAAUUACUUGCAUUUGCUACAAAAUCCAGACAACAAGUACAAUACUUUAUUAGAAUAUACUAAACUAGGUUUAGCAAAAAUAAAGUCAACAACUAGUAAUGAACGUGUUGAUGUAACCGGAACAACGUGGGAUGACGAUUACGUUAAAAGUCAUAAGGGCAAAUCACGUUACUGGCGUUGGUCAGAAAGUCCAGAACCACAUGACAUUAAAGAGAAAAUUGCUGGUAAUAAAAGUGUACAUCUAACUACCGAUUUACAUGAACACAAUUCCAAAAUGAAAGAUGCUGAAUUAAAGUGCAAUAUCAAAGAUAUACACGAAACAAAAGAAUCCAACUUACAACAUUUGUCAUCACAUCGAAAAAGAAGUAGGAGCAGGGAUAUUAGAGCUAAAGAACAUUCAAGAAAUCAUUCAAUAGACAAAUCACAUAAAAAUCCUAAAGUUAAACAUCAAAAAAAUAAAAAAGAAAAACUUCGACCGCACCGGAAAAGCAUUGAUUAAUUCUAACAAAAUAAUUUUGAUAAAUAAUCACCGA